AUGACCACGGUCAGCUUAUAUGUCGCCAUCUACAACGACGAAGGCGUGUACAAACACUGGGCCUUCUUCAUCGACGGCCCGACAGACACGCAAAAAAACGUAUUGAACAUCAUGAGCUCUUCCACCCAAUACCGGUUCGAGAGGCGACAUGGCAACGAGCAUGAAUCCGAAAUCCUGUCCAAAAUAGUUUAUAUCUGUGAAAUGGAGGAGUCCAAAAUCAAGACCACCGUGAAGAUUGCGAAAACCGCAGUAAUACACAACGAGUACCCGGGAUACAAUUGCCAAGAUUACGUGCUUGAGAUGCUAGAUACCUUGGAGGAGAACGGAGUUAUUGACGGUAGCGAUGAGAACUACAAGAAGAAAAAGGAGAUUGUCAAAUCGAAACAGGAAGGGUUGAUCUAG